AUGCAGACCAUUUCCCUAUUGCAGAGCCAGCCCGGCGAGGUCGCUCUGCACGAGGCCUUCCGGGAGGCUCCAGUGGGAAACUUCAGCGCGGGGCUCGAACUGAGCGCGCAGGGGAAGCUCGUCCGUGGGGCGGAGCUGGGCGCGGCGGCGGCGGCGGAGAGCCGCCCAGUCCCGCGGCUCGUCCCGCCUUGCAGGAGUCGGGCGGCUGCAGAGCAGGAAUGGCGGCGCGGGCGUGCCGGAUCCCAGCGCGGGGUUUGCAGCUGGUGCGGGGCGGAGGAUUCGACGGCGCCAGGUGAGCAGUCGGGGGCUCGGCUGGAGCCUGCGCUCCCUUCCCGGGCCCCUCUCUGCGCGGAUGCCCAGGGUCUCUUUGCAAAGGCGGGGCUUUUCCCGCCCGCGGAGAGGGGCCCGGGGCUCAACCCUGCCCGCAAGUUCCAGCCUCCCACCUGGGGCAGGCGGCUGAACCUGCUGGUAGAUGUGCUAGUCCUCUUGUGUGCCACCAUUUUUACUUCUGUGUCUUUUUCCAGGGGCUACUCCAAAGACAACGAAAGUAGCUGGUUCCGCUCCCUCUUUGUCCACAAAGUGGAUCCCCGAAAAGAUGCUCAUUCCAAUCUUCUGUCCAAGAAAGAGACCAACCACCUGUACAAGAUCCAGUUCCACAAUGUGAAACCUGAAUGUCUGGAUGCCUACAACAGCCUGGCGGAGGAGGUCCUUCCUAAGCUGCACUCAGAUCCGGAUUACCCCUGCGACCUGGUUGGGAACUGGAAUACUUGGUAUGGCGAACAGGACCAGGCAGUGCACCUGUGGCGAUUCAGCGGUGGCUACCCAGCCCUCAUGGAGUGCAUGAACAAGCUGCGACAGAACCAGUCAUACCGGGAUUUUCAAAAGGAGAGGAGUAAGAUGCUGCUCUCCCGGAGGAACCAGCUGCUGCUGGAAUUCAGUUUUUGGAAUGAGCCUUUGCCACGGGCUGGACCCAACAUCUACGAGCUGAGGUCAUACAAGCUUAAGCCAGGAACCAUGAUUGAGUGGGGAAACAACUGGGCACGGGCCAUUAAACACCGCCAGGAGAACCAAGAAGCGGUGGGUGGCUUCUUUUCCCAAAUCGGGGAGCUGUACGUCGUGCAUCAUUUGUGGGCAUACAGAGAUCUGCAGUCCCGAGAGGAAACAAGGAACGCAGCCUGGAGGAAACGCGGCUGGGAUGAGAACGUUUACUAUACAGUACCUCUCGUUCGGAGCAUGGAGUCUCGUAUAAUGAUUCCCUUGAAGAUCUCACCUUUGCAGUGAUGCUGACCUCCCACCCAUGAGCCUUUCUGUCAACCACUAGUCUC